GAGAGAGAGAGAGCGAACGAAAGAGAAACAAGUUGGUUGCAGUAAUUCCGGUGAGAAGACAAGGCAAAAGUCUGCGAGUACUCCGGCGUUUGGCACUUUGACGUCUGACGUGUCACUGCAAGAUUACGUGUAAUCAAGGAACGAAGCCGUGUCCAAUCAUGUGCGGGUCUCCCAAUCCGGCAGCAAUGGGCAAUGGAACGAGAGCCUUAAUCCUCGUCGGCGGCUACGGCACUCGGCUGCGACCCCUGACCCUAAGCACGCCCAAGCCGCUGGUGGAGUUCGCCAAUAAACCCAUAUUGCUCCAUCAGCUGGAGGCGCUGGUGGAUGCAGGUUGUCGGCAGGUAAUUUUAGCAGUCAGCUAUCGAGCCGAGCAAAUGGAAAAGGAACUCAAAGUCGAGGCAGACAAAUUAGGAGUAGAGCUGAUCUUUUCGCACGAAACAGAACCCUUGGGUACCGCCGGACCCUUGGCCUUGGCCAAAACCAUAUUAACCGCCAGUUCGGAGCCCUUUUUUGUGCUCAAUUCGGAUGUCAUCUGUGAUUUUCCGUUCAAACAGCUGGUCCAAUUUCAUCGUAAUCACGGCAAAGAAGGCACAAUUGUGGUCACAAAGGUCGAGGAGCCAUCAAAAUACGGCGUUGUGCUGUACGAUGAAAAUGGUUGCAUCAAGAACUUUAUCGAGAAGCCGCAAGAGUUUGUUAGUAACAAAAUCAAUGCCGGCAUCUACAUCUUUAAUCCCUCGGUCCUAGAACGGAUCGAAGUCAAGCCCACCUCUAUAGAAAAGGAAGUGUUUCCGGCUAUGGCCGAGCAACAGGAACUGUUUGCCAUGGAUUUGACCGGAUUCUGGAUGGAUAUUGGACAACCAAAAGACUUUCUAACGGGUAUGUGCCUGUACUUAAGCUCGCUGCGUCAGAAGCAAUCCCCCAAGCUGUACACAGGACCCGGCGUUGUGGGCAAUGUCCUGGUCGAUCCGACUGCUAAGAUUGGCGAGGGCUGCCGCAUCGGACCCAAUGUUACAAUCGGACCCGAUGUGGUCAUCGAGGAUGGCGUGUGCAUAAAGCGUUCGACCAUUUUAAAGGGCGCCAUAGUUCGCUCGCACAGUUGGUUGGAUUCUUGCAUCGUUGGCUGGCGAUCAACUGUUGGACGUUGGGUUCGCAUCGAGGGCAUUACGGUGCUGGGCGAGGAUGUAAUUGUCAAGGACGAGCUGUAUGUCAACGGUGGGCAAGUGCUGCCCCACAAGAGCAUUGCGGCCAGUGUCCCAGAGCCACAGAUUAUUAUGUGAGACCACUUAGUGUACUUUCCUCCAGUUUUUCCCUUUCGGUAUUCGAUAAAGGUGCCUUCUGCUUUGAUAUUCCCGGACGUAUCCUAGUGUUCAAGUCUAAAGUUCUGCAAAAUAUUUAAACGACGAUGAGAAACAUUUCCAGCAGUUAGCUUCGCUACACUAAUUUAUAAACUAGGGCUCAACUUCCGUGUCAGACGAUGAAACGGAAUAUCUUGCAUCAGGCUCAAGCCUGAACCUUUUUAUACUUUGAUAAGCAGAGCAUAAGAAUAUUCUUGUAUUUAUAUAAACAUUAGUGAAAAUAUACAUAACAUUUUAUGAAGAACAAUAAA